CCCCGAUCACCUCUGAGGAAGGGUCACUGGGCCUGAAAUGUUAACUCUGUUUUUUCCUUCACAGACGCUGCCAGACCUGCUGAGGUUCUCCAGCACCUUCUGUCCGUGAUCCUCAUUUACAGCAUCCGCUGUUCUGUCGGUACUUUUUUGUUAUCUAGGCCCCGAUCCCCGGUCUCUAUUUUUCUCACCAAGGGUCCAGGCUGUGAUGGGGAAAGGGAGCUGGGGCACAGUUAGCGACAGCAGCUGAUGGAUCAGACUGGGGAAAUGCAGCUAUCUCCCCGAACCCACCACAUCAUCACUGUAUCUCGAAGAAGAAUCAGGAUCUGUUUCUGGUGAUUUAGCUGCAUUGUGUCUGCCUGAGCUUCGGUAAACAGCAACUGGAAAGUCACCCUGAGCUCAGUUCCGUGUCUGUGACUGUGAAAUUAUUGACAGCAAAUCCCAGAGGGUCACACGAUGACUUCAAAAAUGGUCACCAUGAGCCACAUCGCUCAGGCUAGGAAGGCUGUGGAACAACUUCGUAUGGAGGCUGGCAUGGAAAGAAUUCAAAUUUCCAAAGCUGCAGCUGAUCUGAUGCGCUACUGCGAGGACCAUGUAACAAAUGACCCACUGUUGACAGGAAUCCCAACCUCAGACAAUCCUUUCAAGGAUAAAAAGCCCUGCAUCAUAUUUUAACUUCACUCAGGGCACUGCCAGCUUGGACCCCAGAUUCUGCCCAAAACAGAUUGAUUCUUCAUAUUUCACCCUGUAAUGUACUUCUCCCCAUUAACCACCCCACCCCUCAAAUCCUGGGACCAGACGCUGAGUGGAACACAAGGAUGAAGCAGCGAAAAGAAAGAGAUUGGUGGGGGAAGACAGGGGAUUGCGUAUCACGGUCAAGCCUGAGGGAUCCCUCAGCCCCCUGUGGUGUCCAAAGACAGGCGCUUAAUGACUGUCCCCACCACUUUCUUGUCAUUGGCUGCAGCUCCAUGGAGCUGGGCACAGGGUCGGGGGCAGAAAUGUUUGUUGUUGGUUUAAAGUCACCAAUUUGGAUCUGAAUGGUUUUUGACAAUUAAACGCUGUCAGUGUUAAUUCUGAGCUGUUUCAUAUUUCUGCUGCUUUCUCGGAACCUGUCUGCGUUGA